AUGGAAGUGGAAAAGAGCAAGAGGAGCUGCUUCACUCAGACCUCCUGUUUGGGUGAAGAUUUAGGUGAAGACUCACAGCUGGAGUAUCUGAGUGCUCACGAGGAAUAUGAGGAGGAUAAGUACAACUCCAGUGAGUUUUCUGAGCAGGGGGAGGUUGCAGAGGUGAAGGACAUGCCACUGAUCAGUGACAAGGUGCCACCCCAAAUCACAGCAGGGGAAGAAGAUCCUGGAAAGAGUGAAAGACCCACCCAGAGCAUGGCAGUGGAGCCAGACAUUCUUUUCCUGCCCCACAGUGAAAAUGCCCAGCUCUGCAGACAUGCAGACCCCUCCUAUUUCAGCAGCUGUGAAAAACCUGCAAUGUGCACACAUGGUACCAACAGUACUGACAGCACUGCAGAGCGUGCUGAAACCCAGUUCCCAGUGCCUGAAAUCCCCCCUAGCAAGACUCUUGUUGCUGACAUGGAAGCUGCAGAUAAAUCCUCUAGUGGGAGCCCCAGUGCUGGGAAGUGGGAGCGUGGUGAAGCCCUGAGGAGAGUUCCCGUUGUCUCUGCAGCCUUGCAGGCUGUGGAUGAUUCCAGAGCUGGCUUCCCAACGAGCAGAAGCAGCAGUGCCCAGGUGUGUCUCUGCUCCAGGGCAGUGAACACAGAGGUAACCAUGAUGAGCAAAACUCGACCCGUGGGGUGGCUGGGUCAAACCUCCGUGGACGCUGCUUGCAACACAGAAUGGUCCUUCAGAGCUCAGAGCUCACACGUGCAGGCAAGUGACACAAAACAAGAAGUGCCACCAGACCGGUUUGAUAGGCCAGAACAUCCCAACACGCAAACUGGGAAGAAUUCUGCAUCAGGCUGCUGUCACAACGUCCUGCAGAGAGCAGCUGAAGCAGAGCUGCAGCUCCUGGCCAUCCAUUACGAGAUGUGCUACCAGCACUGCUUGAAGGUUUAUGAGCUGGCUUUGGAGGAAAACACCUGUUUUGGGAGGUGUGAGGAGAAGACUGAGUUACAUUCAUCUCUCUUGUUGGUUUUGGAUGAGCUGGACAACAACUACAGCAGUAUGAGAAUGGAAAUAAGCAUGGGCAUACCUUUAAAUGAACUUCCACCACUGUCAGUUGAGCUGAAGUUUUCCCCAAUCUCUUCCUUUUACAUCCCUUCCAAGGAGAAGUCACAGGCUGAUAGUGAUCAUCCAGGUGACUCUGCUUCCCCUGAGACACGGGAAGAGCAGCCUAAAGAUCAGGCUCUGGAACGUGGCUGUGUAAAAAAUGAGGAAGGGAGUGAGUAUUGGUUUGAUGCUAAGGAAGACUUGUCAGUGGCAGAUAUUUCAGUAAUGUGCAGAGAAACGAAAAAGCAACAAGGAAAACAAGACUCGACUGACUCAAGAGACGUGAAGAGAGUGGGGAGUGGGGAUCGACAUUCUUCUAUUCAUGGUGAUGGCCCAAAACCCUCAGUGCCUGAGGAUGCUGGGGAAAAUUCCCGGUUGAAAACAUCCUCCUGUUCCUCUGUUAACCCAUCUGGUGUCUUUGUUUCUCCUUAUGCACUGAACUUGAGCAGCUUUACCAAGUUAGUAAAGAGGCUUCAAGAAAGGCAUCCAGAGUUUAGCAGAGAUGAAAUUGUGGGGGCUGUGCAGGAGGUGAGGAAGAUCAACAAAGGUGUCCUGAGUGGCUUGGCCAUCAGUUGUAUUGAAGAAAAGACCUCUGCCAUUCUGAGGAGAUCGAUGUGCUGUUCUCAACAGGAGAAGCAGUGA